AUGCCAGACUUUCACGUUUUUGCUAAUAACUAUUCUUUCGAUUUCGAAGAUUACAUCAGAACAGAAUUAGGCUUAGGAGCAAACAAUGAAUCAGAUCAAAUAUGUCAGGAUUUUUUGAGAGGCACAUGCACUAAAGGUCCAAAAUGCGAAUUUAAGCACACUACAAACUUUCGUGAAAAAGCUGUUGUAUGUAAGCAUUGGUUACGAGGUCUUUGCAAGAAAGGAGACCAGUGCGAGUUCCUUCAUGAAUUUAAUAUGAGAAAAAUGCCUGAAUGUUGGUUUUAUUCAAGAUAUGGAGAAUGUAGUAACGAAGAUUGCAUGUACUUGCACAUUGAUCCUGAAAGCAAAAUUAAAGAAUGUGCUUGGUAUGCCAGAGGAUUUUGUAAACAUGGUCCUCAUUGUCGGCACAAGCAUGUUCGAAAAGUUGUUUGUCAAUUGUACCUAAGCGGAUUUUGCCCUAAAGGGUUGGAAUGUCCUAAUGGACAUCCAAAAUAUGAACUACCAACUGCUCAGCGAGAACACGAUGGUCAUGAAGAAGAUAGUCCCCACAAGAAUCUUAAUGAAAAUGAUGAGCAGCGUACAGGUUCUCAUCAUAAUACCUUCCGUUCACUAUCAGAAGUUACAUGUUUUAAGUGUGGUGAAAAAGGUCACUUUGCUAAUCGUUGUCCCAAAGGUCAAGGAAACCGAUAUUAG